AUGUCUGCUUAUCUGCUUCACUUCUCCGUUUCUAUGUUUUCGGGUCUGGUUUUAACCAUAAAUCUAUCUUCUCUAUGCGUACGGAAUACAAGACCUUUAUUUGGUUGCUGUCAGUUGCCAAAUAAUUAUACCAUUACCCCCUCCCUCUCUCUCUCUCUCUCUCUCUCUCUCUCUCUCUCUCUUAUUAUCUCUCAUUCUUUCUCUCUCCUUUUACUUUCUCACUCUCUCUCUCUCUUAUUCUCUCUCUUAAUAUAUAUCUCUCUCCCUUUCACUUUCUCCCUCUCUCUCUUACUCUCUCUCUCUUAUUAUCUCUCAUUCUUUCUCUCUCCCUUUUACUUUCUCUCUCAUUCUCUCUCACUCUCUCUCUCUUAUUAUCUCUCAUUCUUUCUAUCUUUCUUUCACUUUCUCACUCUCUCUCUUAUUCUCUCUCUCUUAUUAUCUCUCAUUCUUUCUCUCUCCCUUUCACUUUCUCCCUCUCUCUCACUCUCUUACUCUCUCUCUCUCUUAUUAUGUCUUAUUCUUUCUCUCUCCUUUUACUUUCUCUCUCUCUCAUUCUCUCUCACUCUCUCACUCUCUCUCUCUUAUUAUCUCUCAUUCUUUCUCUCUCACUUUCACUUUCUCUCUCUCUCUCUCUCUUAUUAUCUCUCAUUCUUUCUCUCACUUUCACUUUCACUUUCACUUUCUCUCUUUCUCUCUCUCUCUAUCUCUCUCUCUCUCUCUCUCUCUCUCUCUCCCGUUGCUGCAGGCAUCAUGGUUCUGCGUUUCCUGGAUUUCGCUUGCCUAGCACUGUGUAAAAAAAUAUGA